AUGGCCAACAUCUUAUCUCUUCCUGUCGAGACCCUGACCGGCAUUCUGGGCAUUCUUAUGCCAUUUAGAUCAUUGAAAUGGCAUGGGAUCGAUCAUGAGAUGAAGCAAAGCUUGCAUCUUCGCCUCGUAUGCCGAGACUUUGAAAGCAUUAUUUCCCGGAUGGUACUCCCAAGAAAGGGUCACAAUUUUAUCCUGCCGGAAGUGUGUCCGAGUAAUAGCUAUACUAUGGCGUGGCUUGUCCGUAUGAAAUGUCUACUAGAUGACAUGCAGAAAGGUUCGAUGACUGCAUGCUUUCGACAAUGGGCAUCAUUCAUGGCCGCGCAGAGCACGUGGCACAGAGAUGGCCGGCCUAUUAGUGAGAUUGAAUGGUUGAGAACUGUCUGUAGAUCUGCGGUCGAAUCCCAGUCUCAACACUCGGAUUUAGCAGCACUUCUUCAACACAACGAUAGUGGGGUACCGUCUAGUCUUGAUGAGAUAGACUUUGACCUCCCUUUGCGUCUUCUUGAAAAACAGGAGCGUGAACCAGAUGGUGAUAGGGCUGAUAUCAUGAGAGAUGCCGUAGGCGCUCUUCACAUUGCUGCACACCAAGGAAUUCAUGCAGCUGUCAACACACUGCUCAUUGCUGGGGCCGAUCCUACGUAUAGACAUCCAAUUUUUGGCUACCCAGAGGAUAACGCAGUCUAUGCCGGCCACCUCGGAAUUGUUUCCUUAUUACAGGAAUAUGGAAGCACGCAUGAACCUCGCAACCCCCCUGUCCGCCUCCUCUCUAUUGCUGUUAAGAGAGACUACACCCAAAUUUUCAAGUUCCUGCUCGACUCAAGCCCCUUCCUUUUUGGCAAGGCUGACCUAUAUCGCUGGAUGGAAACAGCAUGCGAGCGUGGAAAUAUCGAUAUCAUUCGUGAGAUUUUCUUAUGGGUUGAUAAGUCGUCUCCCCGGGAAGAGGACAAUCGGGGUUUGAUAAGUAAACUCCUCUGCCGUCCUAAGCCAGCCGAGAGUAAAGAGUCCCCAAGCCACGGAAUACGCCAAGUAGAUCAGCAGCGCACUCAGAAUAUUGUUCGAAAAGCAAUACAGCAUGGUCAUCCCGAAAUCGUUCAGUUCCUUAUCCGUCGACAUGAAUUUCGCCCGACGAAAGCAAAAGAUAUACGGGAGCCCUUAUUUACAGCCUGUCGGCAAGAUCGAGGAGAUAUUCUCAAAAUUCUACUAGACCACUACUAUGUGGACCAGAGCGUUUUGGCCUUGCUUUUACGUGAUGCGGCAUACUUCAGCAGGGUCUCAGUCAUCAAGGUGCUCUUGGAUCAGCCAGAUAUCAGAGCAGUUACCGGAUCUUCCUCCAUGCAGAUGACUUUGUUGUUUGCCAUCAAAUAUGGCUCCAAGGAUGCUAAAUCAUCGGAGAUUGUCCAGAUGCUACUGCUAGAGAAGGGUGUUGAUCCAAAUGCAUGUCAUGGGUGUACACCGCUAGAGGCCGCCGUCGAAAGAGAUGAUACGGCCAUGGUGAAAUUGCUUCUCAGCCACCCAAAAGUGAACCCAAAUACCAGAGGUAAUGAGAAUAGCCCCCUUUGCAAUGCUGUGCGGGGAAAAAGACUAGAAAUAGUACGGCUACUUCUCGAACGACCAGAUACAGAUGUGAAUCAGGGUUGCUCAGAUGGCGAGGACUAUGGUGACGCACUUCGUUCUGCAGUUCAACUUGGCGAAGUCCUCAUCACAAAACUGCUCCUGCGUCGGAAGGACAUCGACGUGAACAAAGCCGGCAAGCAUCGCCCCCCUUUGGCUAUUGCGGCUUCUUGUGGAAACAGUGAAAUCAUCUCGGAGCUUCUCAGCCACCCCGGCAUUGAUCCAAAUCAUACAUCCAACUCGCGAGAACCGCUCAUGGUUCAUGAAAUGGCAAAAGAUAGCUGGAGUUUCGAAAUGACGUUAUCUGAAACCCGAUAUGGUUCAAUCUCAGACUCACCAUUACUGUUGGCAGCACAAAACGGCUACCUGGACACCGUCAAAUUGCUGUUGGACGAUUCCCGUGUGUCUACAAUGUCUUUUGAUGAAACUGGGAGAACACCCCUGUGGUGGGCAACCCACAAAACUUCGCCAGAUAUUGUCAACCUUCUACUGGAAAAGGACGACGGAGAACAGAUCAACAAACAAGACAUCCAGGGUUGGACGCCAUUGCAUAUUGCGGUGAACCAGAAAUGCUUUUCUGCAUUCCUUGUUUUACUAUCUCAUCCAGAUAUCAAACCAAAUGUAGUUACUAAGGAUGGGUGGGCACCAUUACAUAUGGCCAUAGCUGGCGGGAUGGGCCUAAUGGUGAAAACGCUCUUUGAGAAUCCGAAAGUCAACUGUGAGCAGAGGUUGAGAAAGGCUGGAAUGACCCCAUUGGGGUUGGCGAAGGAGAUAGGAAACGAAGAUAUUAUUGCUUUGGUAUCGAAAUUGCCUCGCACACGCCCAAUCACUCGAUCUAGCUUGAUGGUCGGAACAAAAACAAAACUAACGUGA